AUGGUCGCCUCAACCACCAGCCCCCGCUCCCAAUCCGAGCCUCUCUACCCGCACUACCUGCCCGUCCGGCCCGAAGGCUUCACGCCCACGCUCGCCGUGCCCCCCUUCGAUGCCGUCGAGCCCGGCCUUCGCGCCGACCCGGCCAAGCCUGACAUCUUGGGCGCGAAGGGCGCGAGCGUGCAGAACAUGACGCCGCGCAUUGGGACCGAGAUCCGAGGCGUGCAGCUGAGCGCCUUGUCCGCCGCCGGCCUGGACCAGGUCGCGCUGCUGGCGGCCGAGAGGGGCGUCUUGGUGUUUAGAGACCAAGACUUUGCGGACAUCGGCUUCGACCGCCAGCGCGAGAUCGCCGAGCACUAUGGCCCGCUGCACAAGCAUCCCACCAUGGGGCACCCGGCGGCCACGGGGCCCGAGUUCCACGUCGUGUACGCGGACGAGAAAGUCGGCACCCUCCGCACCCUCCUCGGCCCGCACACCACCCACACCCUCUGGCACAUCGACCAAACCUUCACCCCCAACGUCCCGUCCACGACGCUCUUCUUCGCGCUCGAGCUCCCCUCCUCGGGCAGCGGCGGCGACACGUGCUUCGCCUCCCUCACCGCCGCCUACGCCGCGCUCUCGCCCACCUACCGCGCCACGCUGCACGCCCUCUCGCUGCUGCACACGUCGGCGUCCCCCGGCGAGGUCGCGCGGCUGGGCGCCGAGCGCGCGGCGCGCGAGGCCGUCCGCGCGGAGCACCCGCUCGUCAUCGCGCACCCGGUGACGGGGGCGCCCGCGCUGUUCGUCAACCCGGCGAUCGCGAGGGCGGUCGUGGGGUGUCUGCCCGAGGAGAGCGAGCACCUGCUCGGGUGGCUGCAGCGGCAUGUGGCGAGUUUGGACUUUUCGUGUCGGGUGAGGUGGGAGAAGGGGACGGUGGUGGUUUGGGAUCAGGUGAGUGGGACUACUGGCUGA